AUGGCUAGGCAAAAAGAAGUCAUAUUUAUCCCUCCAAUGAUCUUACUUUACCGAUUUGGCCAAUUUGGUCAAUUUGGUCAAUUUAGGCAAUCACCCCAAUGUCAAAUUUCAUUACAUUUCAUUUGUUAUUCCUCUUAUUUGAAUACGAGAGUAUCUCAGAUACUAGGAUGUACUCAAUUUGGUAUAAAUCAAACGGGAACAAUCAGAGAUCCGACCUUGCGAAGCAGACCUUUGAUAAAGCUCUUACUAUUUUCAGGUUGGAAUUAUCGAAAGAUGGAACAAAACUUCAAUGGAUCCAAGAUUCGAAAUUUGGGAACCUGCAAGAAAUUCUUGCAGCAAUCGAGCAUGAAAACAAAAAGUACGAGCUCCGUAAAGGAGAAUCCUCCACCCGCGAAUGUCUGUCUCAUCUUCCGAAUAUGUGUCUUUGGUGUGGGGCGCUAUGAGGUUCCUUGUCGUGGGUGUCUUAAAUCAACAGAAACUCAUAUCUCGGCUAUCAACUGGGAUUUGCCAGAUUGCAGAUGUGCUACCUAG